AUUGCGACUUCCCGAAAUUAAACGUUAAAUUUAAUUUGAUCGCGUAAAAAAAUGGAACCGGGACAAUUGACGAAAGUUUUAUCCGAUUUUCUCACAACUGUCGACGGUGAAUUAAGUUUACAGAAAGGAGAAUACUUUUUGGUGUACAGUGUCAUAGAUAAACACUGGUGUUACGGAGAAUCUCGUGGCAGGUCAGGAAAAUUUCCUUCGAGUCAUUUACACAAAGUAGAAAUCCCUCGACUACAUGAUUCGGAAACUUUGUUUGUUUCAAUUGCUGCUUUUCCAGGGCAGCAGGAUGGAGAUUUAUCUUUUAAUCAAGGUGAAAUUAUUAUUGGAGUACAGGAUGUUGGAUCUGGAUGGUAUUUAGGACAAAUAGAUUCCAAGAAGGGUAUUUUUCCUUUGACUCAUGCAUGGCAACUUGAUUCUAAAUUAUUAAAGAAAGCUUUUGAAAAAAAGACUAUUAAAAGAAGGGCUAGAAUAAAAACUAAUCUAAAAGCACAACUCGAAGGUGAACUUGAUUUGGUAGAAGGAGAGAUAGUUACAGUCACAGAAAUUCUUAAUGAUGGUUGGUGUCAUGGAGUAACAGAAAGUGGGAAAGAAGGAAUAUUCCCAGAAGGAUUUGUGUCUUAUAUAGAUGAUACAGAUGACAAUAUAGAUACAGCUUCUGCUGUAGGAAAUAGCUCCUUGUCUUCACCAGCUACUUACAAUGAAACGAUAUAUAUAAAUGUUGAUGAACCAACUGUUCAAUCUUCUACUGAAGAACCAGCACCAGAUUAUUAUGACUUAUUUCCUCAAUAUAAAUCAAUUACAUCAGAUCCAAUGGUAGAUACUAUAAAAAAUAGUAAUUUUGUAAAACCAUAUGAUGUUAAACCAUAUGCUAUAACUUUAUAUCCAUUCAGUGGUCAGUUUCCAAAUGAACUUAGUUUUGGAGAGAAGGAAAUAGUACAUCUCAUUAAACAUAUAGAUUCAGAAUGGAUGGAAGGUACAAUAGACAAUCGGAAAGGCAUCUUUCCUAUAUCUUAUGUUAAUAUUAUAGUAGACUGCAAUGAAAACAACAGUGAGCAAAACAUGUUUAAUCAAGAUGUAGGUAUCACAGAAUAUGAUGAAUUGAUGCCCGGAACACAAGCAAAAGUGGAAUACACCUUUAGAGCUCAAAUGGAUGGAGAUUUGAAUGUUAUUGAGGGUGACAUAGUUACGGUAAUCGAUAUGGUAAAUUCAGAUUGGGUUAAUGUUGAAGAUAAGUCUGGUAAAAUUGGUUUAUGCCCGAGAGGAUACCUAAGUUCUUUACAUGUAGAAUCAUUGGAUGUUAUGCAAAGCAUGUUGGAAGAUUUCGUUGUAAUACGGCACGAAGAAGCGAGUUGUGUAAGGACUGAAGAACAAAAGUCAAAAAGGCUUUCAGAACCACAUAGACCCGCGCCCCCCGUUCCAGCUCCGGGUAGAAUUCCAUUGCAGAAAGAUGCAACAGAAAAUACAGAAACUUCUGAAAAUGUUAAUCAACAAAUCGAUGUUGCUGGCAACAAUAAUAUAGAUGUUAAGCAAAAAAGGGCAGAUCAAAGACAAAAUGUUAUAUCAGAAUUAGUCCUUACAGAAAAGGAGUAUGUUCGCGAUUUAAAAUUAACUUAUGAAACAUUUAACUUGUAUAAUCCAAGCUCACUCGAAUCUCUGGGAAUAGAUGUAGCUAUCUUAUUUGGUAAUAUUUUUGAUGUUAUUCAAGUUGCCGACGAAUUGCUAGAUAUGAUAUUGAAAGCAAUGAAAGGAUGCGACGAAGAAUUACAAACGAUUGGUCCCUGCUUCAUAAAGAUGUCCGAAAAAUUAAAAAAUGUCUAUGUGAAAUAUUGCGGAAAUCACGAAGCUGCUUUAGCUUUACUAAAGAAGUAUGAAAGUAAUGAAGAAAUAAUGAAAGUAUUUAACAAAGGUAUUGAAACAUUACGGUAUCAAGUAGCUUGCUUUGAUAUGAGUUCUGUCCUUAUAAAACCAGUACAAAGAAUAUUGAAGUAUCCUCUUAUUUUAUAUGAAUUGGUAAAGUGUACCGAAGACAACCAUCCUGAUAAGUCUGUAGUCGAGGAAGCAUGGAGGACUAUGACGGCAGUUGCUAGUCACAUUAACGAGUACAAGCGUCGGAAAGAUUUGGUGACCAAGUACUUGGACAAUGACAAUACAUUAAUAAGCAAAAUGUCUAAACUUAAUAUGCAUUCCGUAGCAAAGAUGUCUAUGCGGUUAAGUACACGAUUGUCGGCUAGUUUAGGAUUAACAAACGUUGCCGUCGAUUCAGAAUUUGAAGAACUUGAAAAAGAGUUUCGAUCUGUGGAAAAAUGUACUUUACAAUUAGCUAAAGACGUUGACCAGUGUCUUACAUAUUUAAGCGACGAAGCUAUUUCUGGAGAAGUAAUAUCGGAUUUCUUGAUUCAAUACUACCAAGGGACACCAAAUGUUGAAGCAAGGAGACUUAGAGAUAUACGAUCUACGAUUUGGUCACAAUUCAUUCAAGAACUAAAAGGAUGUUUAAAGGACAGAGUCAGUGCACCAAUAAAUUUUUUGGCGAUGUUAUUAGAAGGACCCGCAAUGUUAAUAACAAAAAGACAUGACAAAUUACUUGACUAUGAUGCGGCUAUUUCUAAGAGUGAGAAGUAUAAAGAAUCAAAAAUUGUACAGGAUGAAUUGGCAACCGCGAAAAGUAAUUACGAAGCAUUAACGCAACAACUGUUAGAAGAAUUGCCAAUUUUGGUUAAUGCAGCAACGAAUGUAUUAGUUAAUUGUAUCAGUGCUUUUGCUCAAGCUCGGAAACUUUUAUGCGGAAAAAUUACCAAACACUAUUUAACCCUUUGCGAGACUUCAACUCAACUAUCAUCUCAAGAUAUUUUAGAAUCAUUUCUAGUUAAUCAUAGCUUAUUGUGGAAUCAGAUAACGCGCUUUGCAUUUGCUGGAUCAAAUCCAAGAAUAGAAGAAGCUGAGUCCACAUGGUGUCCACAAAGUGAAAAACAAAGAAACACGUUGAGAAAUAAAUAUACUAGUGAUAAGUUAUAUAUAGUUACAGAAAGUGUAGUGAGCACCUCAUCUUUGGAUAUGGGUGCAGCACGUGGAACCCUUGUUGCAGUAAUAAAGAAACAAGAUCCUAUGGGUGAUGCGAGUAGGUGGUUUGUAGAUAAUGGUGUCGCGCAAGGAUUUUUACCAUCAAAGGUAUUACAACUUCAACAAGUACCGCAAGUCCCAUUAUCUAAUGAAAUUAUCACCGCAAACAAAUUGUAUAAUACACCCACACCCGAUCUAAUUUGCAUGGAUUCUCCUGUAAAAGAAAAAGAAACUCAGUCGCAUUUGCAAGAGUUACUUGAACUCAGUGUCACUGAGAAAGUAAAAAAGGAAACCCAUUGUUAUGGCAACAUUGAGCAAAUUCCUAGAGUUCAACAAUAUCAAAAUCUAAAUUAUGAGUUUUAUUACGCGGAAUACGAUUUCUCUGUAAAUACUCCCGGAACAUUGGCCAUAGUUAAAGGGCAGGCUUUAAGGUUAGUUAGACCACACGAUGAGAAAGGCAAUGAUGAGUGGUGGCUCAUGGAAGAUCGUUAUGGUAAUAAAGGUUAUGUACCUAAAAAUUAUUUACGCGAACCGUCUGGCUAAAACAAUAAAAUCAGAAACGGAACUUUAUAUUGGCGCAUUAGCCUCUUCGUCUAUUAUAUUCCUAAUGUUAUUGUUUCAAUCUAUUAUAUUGGUAAUGUUGGUACCUCAAUCUAUUAUAUUGCUAUCAUUAGUGCCUUGAUUCAUACAAUCUUGUAUUAUAAUGAAUUUGUCUAAUCAAUAUUCCAAAUAUUUAUUAGCAUUGAAUAUUAGUUAGUAGAAUUAUUUGAAAUUAAAAUAUUUUAUCAAUUGUAAUUUUUCCUAAACAUAUUACAAUGUCUCCCGCUUACAGUACUUAUGCUUACAUGCUUCAGACUUAAACAUAUUUCCUAAUUAUUUAUUUAUAUGUGAGUACAUUGGAUGUAAUUAAAAUAUGUAUUAUAUAACUUCGUCUACUAAAGAGAUAUAUUACUUCUGUGAUAAUACAAAUAUGUUUCACUGUGAAUGUAUUUGCAAUUUUGUUAUAAUUUAAAUAUAUUGUUACUAUUUAAAUAUAUUUUUUAAUUGGUGAAUAAUAUCUCAAUACAAUCUACAUGGUAUUUUUUAAAUUUAUAUACAUAAAUGUAUCUGCAAAGAUACAUGUGACAUUUAUAUAAAUUAGAAAACUGUAUAAAAAUCCAAAUAAAGA